UCUCUCUCUCCUCUCCCCUCCCCCUCCCCGCCGCCUCCUCUGAUUCCUUCGCGAGGGUUAGCAAUUAGUUGCCGGCGCGGAGCACGGUUAUGGGGUCGCCGGCCUGGCGCGGCUUAUGGCGAGGCUUGUCGAGAUGUGGCCGCUCCCCCUACACCGCGCCGCCCCCUCCCAGUCUCUACCUCGCCAGGGCAGCAGAGGUCCCCGAUGCGUCGGGGCGCCGCCAUCUCGCCGUGCAGCGGCACGCGAUCUCACACAUGCUGGGAACCAUGGAUCUGGCGCCUAGCAUCAACACGGAGGAGUGGUGGAAGAGGAGGAGCCGGUACCACGGGGCGAGCUGGGUUCAGGCGCACGCUCCGUCGCGCUUCUUCUCGGCUACCCCCAAGGAUCUACUGAAGGGUUCGAAGGCGGAUCCGAGCGAUCUUGCGGUGCCGAGUCCAGGUGAUGAUGCACACGGUCCCGGGGACAUGGCGAUGCACAAUCGGUUCGCAUCGGCACAACCGAUCGCGCUUGUAGAGCAGGGUGAAGCAAAUGUCCGUGACAAUGAUUAUCCCUUGAUAAAGCCUGAAGAUGAUGGUCUAACUGAAGCUAUUAAGUGCUACAUGUUGAAGACGGGUGCAGACCAAAUUGUUCCUGACACGCUUUCGUCGUUCCUCAAGUGGGCUGCUGAGUAUGGUGCAAGGGAAGAUGUUGAGAUUGUCUAUCCAUUAAGCUCACCCAUUUCAAUUGUGGCAAAUUGGAGCGGUGAUGGGAUCAUUAGUUAUGUGAAGAUGAAAAUCAAGCAACUUGAGGUGAAGUGGUGGCAGAUCAGAUAUCUGAGUAAAGCCGCACAAGCUGCUGGUGCAAUUGACUCUAAUUUUGAAAGAGGCUUGAUAUGUGUUGAGGAGCACGCUUAUUUGUACCUCCCUCUAAUACGCCGGAGAGAAAUGUUGCCAACGCUGUCUUCUUCAUAUCAUAUUUUUCCUCAAAUGCGCAGAUUUUUUUCGCGAAGAAAGAGAAAGUUUCAGGAAGAGAUCAUUUUGAAGGCAAAGAACUCCGGCGUUUUAUGUUUGGAUGGUACCAGUGCUGAAGUGAAAUCAAGCCUGAGAAAAGUAAUUGCACAGUUGCGGCAGUUUUGCUAUGACCACGGGGAGCGUGUUGAUGUCUCAUCUAUCUAUGGACCUGGGAGCGAGGUAUAUACUCCACCAGGAGUUGGUACAUUCCAUCUUGAGGUCUUACACUGCGAAAGAUCCAUCAGCUUUCCAAUUUUGGCAAACAAGCUAUAUUUCAGAGCCUUCAGAAAUGGUCACGGUAUGUUUGUAUUCAAAAAUGAGGAGGAUUUUAAAUGUGAUGAGGAUUACAUUGUGCUUGACUUUACGGGUAGUUAUACCUCUGCUGGCCUUGCUCGGCAUAGUGUCGGGGACACAUGGAUAGGAACUCAAGCUCUUAGACACGCAUUUCAUGUCAUAUCCAAGUGCAACGGAAGGUCUACAGAUUUAUUGAAGCAAGCUAUCCAAAUCUUCAUAAUUCAUAUAGCUGAAGCUGCACGCAUCCAAUGCGUUCUUGAUGCAGUUUGCGAAUCAAUUACUGGUGAAAGGACUCAUCUAGAUGAGCCUAAUUCGCAACCUACCUGUGCACCAUCUAGUGAGCCAGAGGCUGAGGCUGAGUCUGCUCCUUCAAGUGAGGCUGAGGCUGCUCCUUCAAGUGAGACUGAGGCUGCAGUUUCGCCAGCCGCUUCUCCACCUUCGAGCGCUACUGAGGCUGCUCCUGUUGCUUCAUCACCAGCUCCUCCACCAUCUUAUUGGAUUGCGACUUACGGGCAUUAUUCAAAUGAAGCUAAGGAAGCAAUCAACGCGCAACUGACCAAGAAUGUGAAAUAUACCAUUAUUAGUAAGGAUGAUUAUCAGAUAACAUCACUGGAUGAUAUCUUGAAACAGAUCAGGAUAUUAUCCCGGGGAGUGCACAACAAGGGUGUAUUUGCACACAAAGCAGAUGACUCACUAUUGGCACUGCCAAAAGAGUGUCCGCCUGAUCCUAGUGGGAAGGAGGUAGAGUAUCCUUAUGCUCUAUUAGAGGAGUGGAACACGGGCAAGAUUCUGUAGAAUGCUUUGCAGCAACUGAAGUUCAUUGCCUCAAGAUCAAUGCAUGAUUCUAUGACACCCAACAGGAUCACAUGCUUAGAAAUGGGACUCCGUGGUGAUGUGACAUUUGGCAUAUGCAGGAUGGCUUUUGACGCUGCUCCUUGGUGAUGAUUGCUCAAUCAUCUGGGGCGCCUACAACCAGAGUGUGAUAGUGGUUUUGGUAUCUCAUAUAAAUCUAGUAUGGAUGUUAUAACGUGAAUGUAUUUGUUGUCUUAUAAGUGGCUGGCAUCUUUUAAGUGUAACUGUGAGAUAUGCUGUACAUUUCCUUUUCUUCAUGAAAUAACACUGAGCUGUAUGGUUUAUAAAG